AUGAACGGCGGCCCAUCUGGUUUCAAUAAUGCGCCGGUGACGAGGGUAGUAGUGAUCGCCAGUAUUCUUUUCACGGUGGUAUUUGGGAUCCAAGAUGGAGGGGUAGAUUUGUCCGGGAAAAUGGAGACCGAGCUCAGUGAGUGGGCUAAUCGUCAUUUUCAUAUUGUUAAGGCUGAGGAAGAUUUGGAUGAGGGUGAGUUUUAUGAGCUGGUACUUGAGAAUUACACGAAGCAAAUACAAUCCGUGACAAGAAUCCGUUAUAUUGCGCAUGAGUGCCUACGGGACCAUGCCGGGUCCUCGGCCCUUCUCCUGACCAACUCUGAGGACAAAAUCGGAAAGAAAAGUCGAGGGAAGGAAAGGGUCAGGAGGCGGACCACAGGCAAACGAAGGCGGAAAGAAGACUUGGAUGACCUUUAUACCCCUAGAUUUCAUACACAGUCCCAUUUGUAUCCUUUGGCCUCUAACCAUAACGAUGGUGGGGAAGAACAGGUGUAUCACGUGGGCCCGGAGGUGGAUCGUGCGAAACUUUGUGUUGUGAAAAGUACCGGUUAUGAUGACUCAGAAUGUGGGCAUGGAGUCGAGGAGGUUGAUGAGGAUGGGCUUUCGCAUGGAUCUCCAGAAAAUGCUUGCGAUAGUGGGUGUGGAGUGAACACUCUUAUUGUAGGGAUGGACGUAGAGCAAGACGAAACAUCAUUAGUUCCGAAAGUCACUAUUGGUGCGACACCAAAAGUUGGUCAAGUGUUUCAAUCACUUGAGGAAGCCUACAACUUUUAUAAUAAUUAUGCCAAGCAAGCAGGAUUUAGUGUGCGAAUUGCCAAUAAUAAGAAGAGUAAAGAAACGAAUGAGGAGGUUUGGAAGAUGUAUUCGUGUAAUAAAGAAGGGAAGACCGAUGAAACUUGGCAGACUAAGAAGAAAAAAAUCGCGACCGAAUCUAGGGGAAGGAAGCGUGGGCAUACUCGAUGCGGCUGUCAAGCUAAAAUGAGCGUGAAAAAAUCCCAGGAUGAUGGCAUGUGGAUCGUUAGUUGUUUUAUCGAGCAACAUAAUCAUCCCCUUACGACUCCUAACAAAGUCCACUUGCUACCGUCACAUAGGAUUGUCUCAACAACUAAGAAAGCUUUGGUUCAACAAUUCUCAGAAGCUAAUAUUCCAAUUAGCCAACAGGUCAUGUUGCUGCCUGUUGCUGCUGACAAGUAUAUUCUCCCGAGAUGGACCAAAAAGGUUAAAUCUAGUGUAACAUGUGAGGUCGCACCAAAACUCAAACUAGGGCAGUCUAUAAUCUCAAGGCGUGCGGCGUUAACUCAUAUUGCAAUGAAAUUAGUUGAUGACUGCUCUUUAACUGAGGCUCGUAGUGAUUUUUUAAUGGCAAAAGACGUCAACGGUGUGAACAAUAUUGCAGGGCAAAUAAAUAAGAAUAAAAAUGAUGGAAUUAUAGAGGCCAUCCAAGAUCCGCACCCUGUUCCGGCUAAAGGAUGUGGUAAUCGACUCAAGUCAGGAGAAAGAAAUCCAUGGCGAAAAGUAGCAGACAUUGCAGUGUUUGUAGUCAAAGUGGUCAUGAUAUGCGAACAUGCCCUGAUCUACAUUCUAAAAAAGUGGCUGGUGAUAUUGGCAAUGAACUCAUCAUUGGGCAUGGCUUCAAUUUGCAGCGGCAAAAGGUUUAAUUUGUCGAGAUUCAAGAUGCCGCCUAUUAUGAGAAAACGGGGAUGGCUAUUAGCUGGAGGGAUUAUGCUUGCCCGAGAACGUGUGUAUUAA